CUCUACACAACAGCAAACCAACUACAGCUACCGAUGAACUCCGGACUCUCGACUCAUAAGGGAAAUUGGGAAAACUACGGCCACAUUCACAAACCCCCUCCUUUCAGUCUUCAGACUCAAGGUGUCGCACGCUUUGGGGGGUUUCAGUUUCACCCUGAAAAUCCGAAGCUAAAAUAUGCCACUUUUCUCACAUCGGGGCCAUUCCUCGUCUUCAUCCUCCUCUUCUCUCCCAACAAUCAGCUCCAAAACCUUCAAACCUCAAAAACCCAGCUUCUUCCCCUCUCCCUUCUCCGGCCGCCAUGUCUCUCCUUUAAUCAUCUUCUGCUUCUUCUCGCUCUUCGUCGGCAUUUCCGGAACCCUGUUUGCUAUCGUUGCCAUCCGUCGCCACCAGCCUCUACCCGUCUACCGCUGCGGCGGAUCCGAAGAUGCUUUCCGCGCAUUUUACUCCUCAUCGACUCACCAUCUUGGAGGAGAUCAAAGUGUCCACGGUUUGGUUGAUCGCCCAAAAGUUAUUGGCUUUGUUGGGAUUCAGACAGGUUUCGAAUCUGUUGAUCGUCGUGCUGCCCUAAGGGAAACCUGGUUCCCUUCUGACCCAGAGGGCCUUUUGCGGUUGGAACAAGCUACUGGUUUAGCAUUUAGGUUUGUAAUAGGAUAUUCAAGAGAUGCAAAGAAGAUGGCAGAGCUGCAGAAAGAGAUGCAGAAAUAUCGAGAUUUCCUGAUUAUAGAUAAUGAGGAAGAAUACCUCAAGCUUCCAUACAAGACUUUCAAGGCAGCCUACAAACAUUUUGAAGCUGAGUAUUAUGUGAAAGCCGAUGAUGAUAUUUACUUACGUCCAGAUCGGUUAGCAACACUUCUUGCCAAAGAAAGAACCCAUUCACGGACCUAUAUAGGAUGCAUGAAGAAAGGACCAGUGAUCACUGACCCCAAGUUGAAAUGGUAUGAGAAAUCUGGACAUCUGAUUGGCAAUGAGUACUUCUUGCAUGCCUAUGGCCCUAUAUACGUACUUUCUGCUGAAAUUGUUGCCUCACUGGCAGUUGCUAGAAACAAUAGGUCUGUCAGUUACACUUAAUUUUCUUCUAUUUAUGAUUUAUAUCUUCAUUGAUUUACUGCUCGUGAAACAACUUGUUCAUUGGUCGAAUCUGGCUUUGUUCUGUUUUUUUUUCCCAGUGGAAUUAUUUACUUUUCUUGGAGUUCUUUUAAGGGAAUUUUACCUCACUAAUAUUGACCAUCUUGUUGAAAAUUGUUGAAAUUAGGUACUUGAGCUCACUAGUAAUGCUCUACUUCUGCCUUCGUGGUAUAUAAUGCGAACCAAUGAUUAUACUGCUGCUAAUGACUCUAGUGAUCAUGAAGCUUCAAAACAUAGCUGUUGGAGCAUGGCUCAACAUCCUUAGUUACUACUUUCACAAGUCGCCCAACAUGUUACUACAUGUGAUGAUCUAAGUUAGUCCAUUUCUUUUGCACUUCCUCCCUGCUCCUCUUCAAUGACGAGGGCGUUUGGUGCUGGUUCUUCUUAGGUCAUCUUUCCAUCACCUUGUUACAUUUCUGGAGAUUUUGGUGGGCUCUGUUGAAGGUUAGCUUAUGACAGGGUAAUGAUAUCAUGCAUUUUCAUUCAGAGCACCUGAUCUACAGGAGUGACUAGGUGUUCCAUUUGAUUCUAAUUUAAAGAAUACCAAGACCUUGCAGUUUAUUAGGCCUUUCAGUAUCAAUUGUUCCACACUGAUGUAUCCCAACUUGCUAGUGGGUCAUGAUGUCUACUGAAGCACUCAAGGGAACAACAAAAUUCAUUUAGUUUUCUAGACAUUCACUUCUGGUGCUAAGUUUUUUACUCUACUUACAUUUUUGUUUCAAAAGUAAAUUAGUAAGUUAUGUCCCUAGUAUGAGUUGUCUACAAGUUAUUCUUAUACUAAAGUUUGAACAUUUGAGCUACCAGCUUCAGAAUGUUCAGCAAUGAAGAUGUUACUAUCGGGUCGUGGAUGCUAGCAAUGGAUGUGAAACAUGAAGACAACCGAGCAAUAUGCGAUCCUCGAUGUAUGUCAACAUCUAUAGCUGUUUGGGACAUUCCUAAAUGCUCAGGUCUGUGUAAUGCUGCCAGCCGUAUGAGAGAGCUUCACAAGAUUGAUAUGUGCUCCAAGAGCCCAACCUUACAACCAGAUGACAGAUGAAGUGAGUUGGGGCGGGAUAUUGUGAUUCUGCAAUGCUCACCACAGCAAGAGGAGCUUACUUGUGGGCAUACCUUGGUUCUGAGAUGAAGUCGCAACUAAUGCAUUUUUGUUUGCUAAGAACAGGAAGAAAACAGUUCGUAGCUACUCCCAUAGUAUUCAUUCUCAGACGUAAUAGCUGUAUAAUGUGUUUCUACAGAAGUUGAACACCUCAUUCUUUCUAUAUUACUAACAAGUAACAAGUAUUUGUGUACCUCAAGUUCACUACUGAAGCCAGCUGCUGCAUACUUUGCAAUGUAGCUGCUGGAACACUCGACUUCAGCACUUGUCGCUUGGGGUAAACAUUAAUAUAGAGCUAUAAGUUAGUGUUUAUUUCUCGAUGUUAAAUAUGGAUGUUGUAAACAACUACUUGUGUAGUUCUCCGGUGGAAGCGCAAUGAAUGAAAUGCUGCGUG